AUGGACAGCCUGGACAGCAUCAACACCAUGGACGUCCUGGACGGCACCAACACCAUGGACAGCUUGGUUGGCACCAACUUCAUGGACUGCCUGGACGGCACCAAAGCCGUGGACAGCCUGGACGGCACCAACGCCAUGGACAGCUUGGUUGGCACCAACCCCAUGGACGGCCUGGACGGCACCAAAGCCGUGGACAGCCUGGACGGCACCAACGCCAUGGGCAGCUUGGUUGGCACCAACCCCAUGGACGGCCUGGACGGCACCAAAGCCGUGGACAGCCUGGACGGCACCAACGCCAUGGACAGAUUGGUCGGCACCAACUUCAUGGACAGCCUGGACGGCACCAAAGCCGUGGACAGAUUGGACGGCACCAACACCAUGGACAGCCUGGACGGCACCAACUCCAUGGACAGCCUGGACGGUACCAACACCAUGGACGGCCUGGACGGCACCAAAGCCGUGGACAGAUUGGACGGCUUGGACGGCACCAACUCCAUGGACAGCCUGGACCGCACCAAAAGUAUGGACAGCCUGGACGGUACCAACACCAUGGACAGCGUGGACGGCACCAUCGCCAUGGACAGCCUGGACGGAUGCUACGGCCCCUGGGGGUGUUGGGAGCCUAGGAGGUGCUCGGUGACGUGUGGGGAGGGCGUGACGAUCGAGAAGCGAACCAGAGAACUGAUGGAAACACCCACUAGUGACUGUGACGGCCCACUUGAGGAGCAGAGACAAGCAGCCUGCAACAUGGGUGAAUGUGAUGCGGAUACAGAGAAAGGCCUACGCCGUCUCAUGGCGAGAGCAUAUCUUGGGCAGGCACUGACAGCCAGCCCGGGCAGGCUGCGCGAAGACCAGGCCUCGGUUUCAGAAGCAUCUUGCCCAGCCUACAAGCAUCAGCACCGAGUCCGUGCGAGGCAUGCUGCUGGUCUCCUCAACACCGGCCCGUCCGUCUCCGCCUGCACAGUAUGA